AUGCCGACUCUCGAUUCGAAUCCCUCCCAUCCCUCACAUCCCUCACAUUCCUCGUCCUGGAACCCCAAUCACGACAUCGAAAGCGAUGAGGUCCCUCAAUUACCACCCUUCUAUUCCCCACGUCCCAUACCCGUCUCGCGCGCCAUCUCCGAACUCGAUUUAAACACUCUUAACAUAUCCAAUUCAUCCAUACCAUCUCAUCACUCACACAGGGACUCACCGCUGACUCCCGACCACGAUUCAUCAUUACCAGGACUCGUGUCCCCCGCCUUUACCCCACCCUCAACUCCGGGCAUACAAACACCUUCACAUCCAGCUGCUACCCAGCAUGUGCCGAAACCAAUACCAGUCGAUAGUAGCGCCCCGAAUGGAGGAUGCGGUCAGAAGAAACCUAAACUUCUGAAGAAGUUGCCGGAAGUCAAUUGCGUUGUUCGCGCAAGAAUCCCAACCACAAUUAGCGGAACAGAAAUGUAUUUACAUUUAUACACGAAUAACGAGGAUAAUAAAGAGCAUUUGGCGAUUGUUUUUGGAAAUACUAUUAGGAGUACAAGCCUGGAUCGACCCCGCGAUGGGGAGACGGAAAUGGAUAGGCUGAUUCGAGGAGCAUAUACUGGACGGCUGUAUCCUGGGCGGACUGCUUCGAAGAUGCCUGAAAAUACGAAUGGAAACACAAUUGAGAAAGCUGGAGGAGAGAAUUUGACAGAGAAUACCAAGAAAGAUCCUCCAUUGGUGAGAAUACACUCGGAAUGUUACACUGGCGAAACCGUCUGGUCCGCGCGAUGCGAUUGUGGAGAACAACUAGAUGAAGCUGCGCGCUUGAUGUCCCUGCCAGGAUCCGGAGGUGGUAUUAUUAUCUACCUUCGACAGGAAGGACGUGGAAUUGGGUUAGGCGAGAAGCUCAAAGCAUACAACUUGCAAGAUCUUGGCUCAGAUACGGUUGAAGCGAAUUUGCUCCUGAGACACCCUGCAGAUGCGCGAAGCUAUGGUCUAGCUACCGCGAUGUUACAAGAUCUAGGGCAGGAAGAGAUUCGACUUCUCACAAAUAAUCCCGACAAGGUCCGGGCUGUUGAAGGGCCCAACAGAGAGAUCGUGGUGAAGGAACGUGUGCCCAUGAUUCCCCUAGCCUGGAGGGGAAAGACUGGUGGUAUUCGAAGUCAAGAGGUGGGUGGGUAUCUAAAGACAAAGAUCGAAAAGAUGGGUCAUAUGUUGCAAAUGGGGGACGCUUGA